UUUGCCAGUCAGCAGCCAUAUUGCAGUAAAGGAGCACCCGGGGAGAGCAGGGCACCUCGGGCAGUGGCUGGCAGAAGGGACGCAGUGAAAUAUUGAUCUUGGAAUAUUUUUUUUCAUUCUGGUGAAAGACUUUUGAGAAAGAACCAACCAUGCCAAAACCGGUCAAUGUUCGGGUGACCACUAUGGAUGCGGAGCUGGAAUUUGCCAUACAGCCCAACACUACUGGCAAACAGCUUUUUGAUCAGGUUGUUAAGACUGUGGGUCUGCGAGAAGUGUGGUACUUUGGACUGCAAUGCACAGAUAAUAAAGGAUUCCCAAAUUGGCUGAAACUGGAUAAAAAAGUGUCUGCACAAGAGGUGAGAAAAGAGAACCCUCUUCAGUUCAAGUUCCGUGCCAAGUUCUUUCCUGAAGAUGUGUCUGAGGAGCUAAUCCAGGACAUCACUCAGAAACUUUUUUUCCUACAAGUCAAAGACAGUAUCUUGAGCGAUGAAGUGUAUUGUCCUCCUGAGACCGCUGUCCUCCUUGGUUCUUAUGCUGUGCAAGCCAAGUUUGGAGACUACAAUCGGGAAACACACAAGUCUGGGUACCUGAGCUCAGAACGUCUACUACCACAGAGAGUGUUGGAUCAGCACAAGCUUUCCAGAGAUCAGUGGGAGGAGAGGAUUGAGGUGUGGCACUCAGAGCAUCGGGGCAUGCUCAAAGAGGAUGCAAUGCUGGAAUAUCUGAAGAUAGCUCAAGACUUGGAGAUGUAUGGUAUUAACUACUUUGAAAUUAAGAAUAAAAAGGGCACUGACCUCUGGCUGGGAGUUGACUCAUUGGGCUUAAAUAUUUAUGAGCACGAUGACAAAUUGACCCCAAAGAUUGGUUUCCCCUGGAGUGAAAUCAGGAACAUCUCCUUCAAUGACAAAAAGUUCACUAUUAAGCCAAUCGACAAGAAGGCACCUGACUUUGUAUUUUAUGCUCCACGCCUGAGAAUUAACAAGAGAAUCUUGCAGCUUUGUAUGGGUAAUCAUGAGCUGUACAUGCGCCGCAGAAAGCCAGACACCAUUGAAGUACAGCAGAUGAAAGCUCAGGCCAAAGAAGAGAAGACUCAAAAGCAGCUGGAGCGGCAGCAGCUUGAAAAUGAGAAGAAGAAGAGGGAAGUUGUUGAGAAAGAGAAGGAACUGAUGAUAAGGGAGAAGGAGGAACUCAUGCUCAGGUUGCAGGAGUAUGAAGAGAAGACAAGGAAGGCUGAAAAAGAAUUAUCAGAGCAGAUUAGAAAAGCCCGUGAGCUGGAAGAGGAGAGGAUAAGAGCUCAGUUAGAAGCAGAAAGACUGGAGUCUGAACGCAUUGCUGCCAUCCGUGCCAAAGAAGAGCUGGAAAAACAAGCUGUUGACCAGAUGAAGAGUCAAGAGCAGCUGGCUGCAGAGCUGGCUGAGUAUACAACCAGGAUUACUCUUCUGGAGGAAGCAAGACGAGCUAAGGAAGUGGAAGUUGGUACAUGGCAAAUGCGGGCAACAGAAGCUCAAAAUGAUCUCGUUCGGACAAAGGAGGAAUUGCAGAUGGCCAUGAAUACUCCCCCACUUCCACCUCCACCAGUAUAUGAACCCGUCAGGGAGUAUGUCAACGAGUACUUGCCAGAUGGUGAAGGAGUAGAAUACAGUGCAGAAUUCACCUAUGACAAUUUCCAAGACGACCGCAAAGAGGAGACGCGUAUCACUGAGGCAGAGAAGAAUGAGCGUGUACAGAGGCAGCUAAUGGCUUUGACAAAUGAGCUUUCUCAAGCUCGGGAUGACGGCAAGAAGACACACAAUGACGUCUUGCAUACACAAAAUGUACAAAUGGGCCGUGACAAAUACAAGACCCUGAGACAAAUCCGGCAGGGCAACACCAAACAGAGAAUUGACGAAUUUGAAGCAAUGUAAUGGACAAACACAGUCAUUACACUAUUAAGGAUGUACUGAAGGGUCCAUGUGUUAUAACAUUUUAUAGUUGACUCAUGAUAGCUGCAAAAGAAAAAAAAUGUUUUUCCUCCACUAGAGAGCUAGCAGGUCUUCAUAGUUACCGGGGCCAAAAUGCAUUACGGCUGCCAUAUGCAACCGCAGCACAUUUUUGCACCAAUUAUUUAAGAUUAAUAGUUUUUUUGUUUUUGUUUUUAGAAAUUAUGUUUAUCAAGCUACAAUGAAAUAAUAUUAAUGUUAUGGUGCCAAAAGGCUUGUCUUUGUAGAACAUUUAAAGAAAUGUUUGUAAGGCUUGAUUACAAUUUGAUCUGGUUAGCAGUUUGGCACCUGAUUAAUACACUGAUGCCAAUGGGUCAUGUUUUUACUAUUUUUUUUAUGUAAAUUGCAUUGGUGUAUGCCUGUAAUUAAAGAUUUCCGGGUGAAUAUUGUGCCAUACAUUUGAUCUGUGUAAUUUUCACCAUCAAAAAUCUGUAUUUACUCCUGGCUGGGUAACAUUUAACUGAGAUCAAAGUUUUAAAGUGUUAAGAACUUCAAAUAAAACUAAAACUAUGUUAAACCGUU